AUGUGCAUUCCCGCCAAUACCAUCAACUUCAUCUGCAAUUCCGACAUAUCCGAACAUCACCAUAGAUAUGGCACCAUUCAGAAAUGGAUAGGAUGCGACAACUAUCCCAAAGAGCAAUACCGCGGUCAAAUGUUCCAAGAAAUCGAUGGGCGAAAGCCUUGCCAAGUUACUUCCAAACUUCCUCUGGCAGAGGACGUCUGCCCAGAUUGUCGCAAAAAGUACGGAGAUAUUGCUUCUAGUAAUAUAAUCUCGCAUGUUAUACGCGUACUCGAACGGAUGUCGGACGUAAGUGGGUAUGCAUACGAUUCUAAAGACAUCCAGUGUAAAAUGGCAAUCAUAUUUGACGAUAUCGAGACGUUCGGGUUUUGGAAAUAUCUGGACCCCGCUCGUCCUGAUGAAAAAUAUGAGAUGUACGAAUUACCUGAGGAAAUCCCAGAUUCCAAUGCAGCAGGGCAGACGGCGGGGACUCGGGCCAGGGGUGGGAGGGAAAUUGAUGUCCGCUUGAUGGAAAAGUUCUACCGGCUUAUGAGUAACAGGAUCCGGAUGGUCAGAUUUGAUAUGGAAGCGGCCACGGAACGGCAAAAGGAGGAACGUCGUGUAGCAGAGCAAUAUCGUCAGGAAGAAGAGCAAUACCAUCAGCAAGUAGAACGUGGUAAUGCAGGAGUAAAGCGGUGGUUAGCUGAAACACCAGACAGCUACGACCAGUAG